CAGAGAACCGUCCGUAAUUGAAGAAACAUUUUCUCUCGUGUUUCAUUCAAAUAGGCGAAAGGAAAGUGGGAACAAUUCCGCCAACUAUUCACUAACUACUUGCGUACACUCCACCUCAUAAUUGCCUUUGUCCCCGCCAUCUUCCCCAGUAUAUGAACUGCCCUUCAGUACCCCCCCUCCUCCUCAUGCUCUCACAUUCUUCCACUCCUCUCUCUCUCUCUCUCCUCUCUCUUUCUCUCUCUUGAUUCUCAUUUUUGAGCUUACCCUUUUUCGUAUUCACAUUCUUUUCUCUCUCUCUCUCUCUAAUCUUCUCCAAUGGAGUUGGAAAGUGUCCUCAAGUUUCUUGAAAACAAGUCCAUUUUAAUCACUGGUGCCACCGGCUUUCUAGCAAAAAUUUUUGCGGAGAAAGUACUAAGGGCUCAACCCAAGGUGAAGAAGCUCUAUCUUCUUUUAAGAGCUAAUGAUGAGAAAUCGGCCACACAACGUUUGAACAAUGAGAUCAUUGGCAAAGAUUUAUUUAAAGUGUUGAAGGAAAGAUUGGGAGCAAGUUUUGGCACCUUCGUCCGAGAAAAGCUCAGUGUAAUGGCGGGAGACAUUACUCGCGAGGACUUGGGCUUGAAGGACUUAAAAUUAAAGGAAGAAAUGUUAAAUCAAUUAGACGUGAUUGUUAAUUUGGCUGCAACGACCAAUUUCGAUGAGAGAUAUGAUAUCUCACUCUUCCUCAACACAGUGGGGGUUAAGCAUUGUUUGAACUUUGCCAAGCAGUGUCAAAAAUUAAAGAUCCUAGUCCAUGUAUCCACAGCUUAUGUUUCUGGGGAAAAGGGGGGACUCAUUCUUGAGAAUCCAUAUCACAUGGGUGACACUCUCAAUGGGGCCACCGGGUUAGACAUAGACAACGAAGUGAGACUUGUGGAGGCAAAGCUAAAACAACUUCAGGCAGAAGAAGCUUCAGAAGCAGAAAUCACUUUGGCAAUGAAAGAUUUUGGCAUUCAAAGGGCUAACAAAUACGGAUGGCCAAACACAUAUGUAUUUACGAAGGCAAUGGGAGAGAUGGUGCUGGGACAUCUAAAAGAAAACGUAAAUGUGGUCAUUAUCCGCCCUACAAUUAUUACGAGCACUUACAAAGAACCCUUUCCUGGUUGGGUUGAAGGUCUAAGAACCAUUGACAGCCUUGCUGUUGGAUAUGGCAAAGGAAAACUAACAUGUUUUCUUGGCGAUUUGGAGGCGGUUGUUGAUGUGAUACCUGCUGACCUUGUGGUGAAUGCAACGAUAGUGGCAAUAGCAGCUCAUGCCAAUCAACCUAGUUCCGAAAAUGUAAUAUAUCAAGUGGGAUCUUCAGUGAGAAAUCCUGUAAGAUACAGUAAUCUGCAGGAUUAUGGCUUCCGUUACUUCUCUAAGAAGCCUUGGAUUAACAAGGAUGGAAAGCCAAUCAAGGUUCGCAAGGUCUUGGUCUUGGGCGACAUGGCCAGCUUCCGAAGAUACAUGAGCGUUCGUUACUUGCUCUUCUUGAAGGGAUUGGAAUUGGUGAACACAGCAUUUUGCCAAUAUUUCCAAGGCAUGUAUCUCGACCUCAAUAGAAAGAUCCAAUUUGUGAUGCGAUUGGUGGAACUUUACCGGCCUUACUUGUUCUUCAAAGGAGUUUUUGACGACAUGAACACUGAAAGAUUGCGAUUGGCAGCCAAAGAAAGUGGAAUAGAGACAGAUAUAUUUUACUUCGACCCAAAGAGCAUCAACUGGGACGAAUACUUCAUGAGUAUCCACAUUCCCGGUGUCGUAAAAUACGUUUCCAAAUGAUUUAUAUCUUAAUUAUUAAAAGUACGUCCCCCAAGUUGUUAUUAUAGAUGAUAAAUUAUUAUUUAUGUUCCCAAGUUGUACUCUCUAAUUUUAUCUUGUUCUGAAACUUGGUGUUCCGAGAGCCAAUCUAAUUAAGUCAAUGUAUUUUUAUUCAUGGCA